UGCUGCUGCUGCGGCUGCUGCUACCACAGGGCAGAUACCGCAGUGAGGGGUCUGACGGCGCUGAGUGCUCUCAGGGAGCCUGGGUCUGGCUAGGAACGAGAAGUUAAGAGAGUAAGGGCUGGGAGGUGGGCAGGACUCACCAAGGAGCUGCAAACCAAAACAAGAGAUCUAGAGAGCACAAGGCGAGAAAGGGUGAGCUGAGCCAAGGUAUCAGGCCAAGUGGAACUGGAGGAAAUGUCAUCAUUGGUGAAGGAGGACUUGGAGAAGAAACUGUUUAAGCCACUCUCGCAGAAUCUGUACGAGUUUAUUGAAAUUGAGUUCUCAGUCCAGGACAGGUAUUAUCUCUGUGUGUCAGUGACCAAAAAUGAAGAAGUACAAAUAAUUAUGGUGAAACACUACAGAAUAGGUUUAGAUGAAAAAUAUGAAGUAACAAAAAAGUGGUCUUUGAACGAUCUGCAGAUGAUUGAUGGAAAAGAAGCAGACACUGACAAUCCGUUUUUUGAUCUGCACUUCAAGAAAGUGUACAGUUUGGAAGCAUAUAGUUGUGCUUCUAAAUAUGCCUUUGCUAGAACUGUAAAUAAGCUGAAUCAUGCGUAUCUUAAGAAGGACUUACAGAUCGUGAACUUUGAUUCUACUUACAUUAAUGAUGAUUCCAUUUGGUCCUCCAACAACAAGGAUUGCUUGGUUCUUAUGAGAAUAUGCUUUUAUGCUUUCAAUCUAGUGUGCUUGUCCCUGUGUCCCCUGCCACUCUGAAGGGGUAUACUAUGUUCUUUCAUCAGGGUUCUAUGAAAAUGGUUCUCUAGGCAAAUAUUGAUAAUCAUGACAUUUUUCCCCCUUCAUGAGUGACUACCAUUUAUAUGAAAAUAAAGGGAUGCUUUGUGAACUGCAGUGAAAUGUGUUUUAAUGCAAUCAUUCAACAUUUGGGACUUUUGCCGAUGUGUUCCUUGAUUACUUUGUAAGGAGUUGAAUGGCUUUUCCUAAAUUAGUAUUCUACUAAAGAGUAUCAAGAAGUAUCUUGAAAGAACUAACUAAACGGAAAGACAUCCUGUUUUCGUGGAUAGGAAGACAAUAACGUAAUGAUGUCAAUAUACGCAAAGCAAUCUACAGAUUCAGUGCAAUCCCCGUCAAAAUUCCAAUGGCUUUUUUUUUGCAGAAAUGGAAAAGUCAAUCCUCAAAUUCAUAUGGAAUUUCAAGGAGCCCCAAAUAGCCAAACAAACUUGAAGAAGAAGUAUAAAGUUGGAGGACUCAUAUCUCCCGAUUUUGAAACUUACUACAAAGCUACAAUAAUCAAAACAGUGUAGUACUGGCAUAAGAAUAGACAUAUAGACCAAUGGAAUAGAACUGAGAGUUCAGAAAUAAACUCAUACAUCUAUGGUCAACUGAAUUUUGAUAAGGGUGCCAAGUUUAUUCAAAGGAGGAAAGAAAAAUCUCUUCAACAAAUGGUGCUUGGACAACUGGAUAUUCACAUGCAAAAGAAUGAAACUGGACCUCUAUCUUACACCAUAUAUUAAAAUCAACAUCAAAUGAUUUAAGACUUGAACAUAAGAUCUGAAACCAUAAACUCCUAGAAGAAAACAUAGGGGCAAAUCUUCAGGACCUUGGAUUUGGCAAUGAAUUCUUAUGACAUCAAAAG